CAAACUGAUUUUCUUUUUAAACUGUCUAACCAUCUAAACGAGGCACAGUUAUUCAGCAUAUUGGUUGUUUUCUGAAGUAUUGAUCGAGUAUUCUUAUUUUCUUGACUGAUUAUUAAUUUGUUCCUUUCUUUGGGACGAGAUUUGGAGUUCGACGAAACCUUACUUGCUCGAAAUGGCGACUGAAAGUCUCAUCCCGUUGGAGUCAAAUCCCGAAGUUUUGAAUAAGUUUCUUCAAAAGCUGGGAGUGCCUUCAGAUUGGGCCGUUGUGGAUGUAAUGGGUUUAGAUACUGAAAUGCUGUCGUGGGUUCCUCGACCUGUUCUCGCUGUAUUGCUAUUGUUCCCCAUUUCUGACAACUAUAAGGAACACAAGGACAAAGAAGAGGCUGAGAUUUUAUCUAAAGGCCAAGAAAUUACUAGUGAUAUAUUUUAUAUGAAGCAAAAUCUCAGCAAUAGCUGUGGCACUGUGGCCCUUGUGCACAGUGUAGCUAAUAACACUGACAGAAUUAAAUUGACUGAAGGCCACAUGAAGAAGUUCCUCGAUGAAGCCAAAGGAUUGGAUGCUGCAGCUCGUGGAAUAUUGAUGGAAAAGAAUGAGGGCAUUAUCAAUGCUCAUAAAGAGUUGGCUCUUGAAGGGCAAACUAACACUCCUGGUGCUGAUGAUGAAGUGGUCCAUCACUUCAUUGCAUUUGUACACAAAGAUGGUGCUCUGUAUGAAUUGGAUGGGCGUAAAGCUUUUCCAAUAAACCAUGGACCAACUACUCCGGAUUCAUUACUAGAGGAUUCUGCUAAAGUUUGCAAGGAGUUUAUGGCUCGUGAUCCAUCUGAUGUGCGCUUCACUGUGUUGGCUUUAGCUGCAGCUGAUUAAAGUUACCAAGUAGUAUUAGCACUAUGGCAACAUUAUUAUUGCAGAGCUGUAGUAGCAAGCUGAGUCACUGUCAAGCUUAUAAUGUAUUCUCAUAUUUGAUAUAACUUGUGCAAUGCAAUGCAGGGCAAGCUUUUGUGAUAUUACAAAUUAAUUUAUUUUGAA